AUGAGCACCUUUUGCAUGGUGGCAAUAUUAGUAUACUUCUUUCAAUUAGAGCUACUCACUUCAGAGAAGUUCGAAUUGGAUGCUGUUAGAUGGAGAUCAAUCCGAAAAAGGGGCAAUUUGCAAAAUCAAGCUGAACUUCCAAUGACGUGUGCUGAUUUUGACGAGAACUCUUCCGGAAUCCAUCAGAUACAGCCCCAGUUAGGAUUCGAGGAACCGUUGGAUGUUGUCUGCGAUCAGAACUUCGAAGGUGGAGGAUGGACCGUUAUUCAGAAUCGAUUCAACGGAUCCGUGGAUUUCUACCGAGGCUGGGAUGAUUACGAAAGUGGAUUUGGAGAUCUUCGAGGGGAGUUUUGGUUGGGUUUGAGAAAAAUUCACCAGCUAACCUAUUCCAAGGCCCACGAGCUGCGAAUUGUGCUGGAAGAUUUCGACGGGAUCUCCAGUGUGGCCAGGUACGAUUACUUCCAGAUUGCUGGUCCUGAGGAGCAAUACCAGUUGGUCGAUCUUGGCCGAUACAGUGGCGAUGCUGGAGAUUCGCUUUCCUAUCACAUUGGUAUGAAAUUUACCACGCUGGAUGUGGACAAUGAUAUGUCAGAGGGAAAUUGUGCCAUUGAGUACCAUGGAGCUUGGUGGUAUAAAAAGUGUCAUAAUAGCCAUUUGAAUGGAAAAUAUUUACGAGGCAAAACCACAGAACGGUGGAAGGGAAUAUGCUGGCAAUUGUUUCGUGGACCUGAUUAUUCGUUGAAAGUAUCCCGAAUGAUGAUUCGGCCAAGAAAAAUGUUGUAGCCCUUGCAAAAAAAUAAAAAAAAAAUAACAAAACUCUUGGAAUCCCAAAAAAACAGAUUAUCUUAU